AUGCAUUCCCUAACGCCGGUGGCCAAGAGCAAGACAAGCCCGCGCCGCGGCCGCCCGAAGCCAUCGCCACCUCCGCCGGCACAACGCCAUGGGCAGCCGGCGCGGCGCCCGCAUGCCGUUGCUGCUUCCCCGCCGCAGCAUCCGCCGCCCGCGCUGCCACCAAGCGCGCCGCCGGCUGCUGCCACAUGCGCCGCGGACGCGGGCAACAACGGCAAGGCUGCGGCGGCCAAGAACCGCGGCGUGCAGAAGCUCCUCAAGUCGGCGUUCAAGCGCGGCGAGCACGCGCCGGGCGCGUCGUCGUCCGGCUCCGCCGCCGCGUCGGGAGGCCACGCGGGCGAGGAGGCCUGCUUAGCGGCGGCGCAGGACCUCAGCCGGUCCUCGUCGUCGUCUGCCGGCGCGAGCAGCGCGAGGAAGGGCCGCAGGGGCGGAGGCGGCGGAGACAACGGCUCCGCAAACGGCGAACGCUCCAGCCAUGAUAGCCUCGACCUCGAAGGAUCCAAGAACACCAAGGCGGCGGCGGCGCUGCGCAAUGCCAAGAUCGGCUCCUCCUACGAGGCGUUCCCGUGGGAGAGGAAGAUGACAGACCUGCUGCCGGUGCCCAACUCGAGCCGCUUCCUCUCCCUGCUGAUGCUGCCGCAGGCGGCCGAUGAGUCGCAGACCAGGUACCUCUGCCUGGAGGACACGCUGGCUCGGGCAGACGCCUGGCUCAUGUCCUCCCAGAGCUCUGGUGUCCCCAUUGUGCAGAAGAACGUGCAGAUUGAGCCACUACUUACAAAGAUAUCUGGAGACACUGCAUUGUCAUCGGUAAACAUGGGAUCCCUAGGCGACCUUGCAAACGUGGCCACCAUGAGCCUAUAUGGAUUUGAGGACUACCAUGGCGUGGACAUAGGCAUCGUCAGGGCGGUUCGCCUGUGGUAUGCUCCGGUGGCAGGGGAGCUGGCGCUAGAGAUCAAACUGCAACCAGGUGACACCAGGCUAGGCUUCGCCAUAAGUCGGACUGAAGAGGGCUUCAUCUACGUCUCCUCUGUGGCUGACGAGAGCACGCCGGGUGUGGCAUCGACGCGCUCCGGCCUGCUGGAGCUCUACCGCCGCGCACGGCGGGCCUCCAGGCUCCUCGUCGUCUCGCGGGUGGGGCGCGACAAGGUGCUCCCCUGGGCCGUCUCAGCCGCUGGUGACGUCCGGUGCGCCGACACCGUGUCGCUCAGCCAGCUGCUGUCGCUGCACCGCCACGCGCUGCGCCCUGUCACGCUCGGCUUCCUCAUGUGGGAGGACCUCAGCGCCGCCGCACUCCUCAGGAGCGCGGGCGCCAGCAGGCCGUCAGCGGCGGCGGCGGUCAUGCUGCCGGCUCAGGCUGCGGCCGGCGAUGACGGCGAGGCAUCCUCCGACGAGAUCGCGUUCGACGGCGACGGGCCGGAGAUCGUGCUCAGCAAGGACUCGGAUGACUGCUCCUUCAGGUUCCAGCACAUCGGCCUCCCGGACAGCUGGCUGUGAGCCUGUGCAGGACUUGUUUGGAUAGCAAUGAAUUGAAGUGAAAUGAAAAGGAUUGGAAGAAAAAUUAGUUCAUUUUAUACUCAUAUCCUUCGUUCCACUCCAAUACUUUCUAUCCAAAAGCCCGUAGUGAAGCGCGUGAUCCCCUUUCGGAAGUGCAACGGCAACUCGCCCCGUGCUGUCUCGACGCUAUUUUUAACUCUUCGAACAAUCAUGGAAUAAUAUUGAUUAUCGAAAUGGGAUUACUAUUCA